AAGGCACUUAAAGGGAUGCUGUGGGCGAUAGCUAGGAGCAGCACAAUUGAGAUGUACAAGAAAGCUGUUGAGGACUUGAAAGAGUAUGACAAUGAAGCAUACAAGUGGGUGGAGAAGGCUCCUCAUCCGAUGCAUUGGUGUAAGGCUUACUUUUCUCCUCACACUAAAUGUGACAUGAUUGUCAAUAAUCUGUGCGAAUCUUUCAAUUCACAUAUACUAGAGGCCAGGGAUAAACCAAUUAUAUCUUGCUUGGAGAAUAUUAGAGAACUGAUGAUGGAAAGAAUUCAAAAAAGAAAGGCUGCCAUGACUAGAUAUCCACACUCAACUGGUCCUCUGAUCAGAAAAAUUGUUGAGGACAGAAUUGAAGAAUCUUUCCAGUGGUUCCCACAGUUCAAUGGGAUUGAUGGUUAUCAGGUAAAAGGUCCAAGAAAUUCCCAGUUUGCUGUGAAUUUGAGAAUGAAGAGUUGCACUUGUCGAAUCUGGGAAUUAUCUGGCUUACCUUGUACCCAUGCCAUUGCAGCAAUAAAGCAAACUGAGGAUGAUCCACAUGAAAUGAUUGUGGAAUAUUACUACAAGAGCUUAUUUUUACAGAUUUAUAAUAAUGUCUUACAACCCAUCAGCAGCCAAGUACUGUGGCCUGAGUCCAGCAUGCUUCAACUUGAUCCUCCAAUUCCCACUGUCCAGCCUGGGAGGCCAAAAAAGGCAAGGAGAAGAGAUGAGACAGAAGGGAAGAACCAUGGAAGAAAACUUAGAAAAAAUGUCACUAUGCAUUGCAGAAAAUGUGGUAAAACAGGGCACAAUGCUGCAACAUGCAAAGAGGUGACUGAGCACCAACAAUCUGGCCAGCCAAAGAAGAAAAAACAUGUUUCUAGAAGAAAACAGCAAGCAAAAGUAGUCCAGUCACAAGGUAUAGAGACCCAAGGGCUACAGCAACAGGAAACUCCAUUAGCUAGCCAACCAAGCCAACCAAUCGCAUCUGCAACUCAGCAAUCAGAUCUAAUGUCCCAACACCCAACUCCACCACUUCAACAGCCAAUACCAGUAGUUCAGCAACCAGAUCCAGCAGCUACAAGUUCUAGAUCUGGCAUGAAAUUCAACAGAAAUGGUAAACGGCCCUUGACUGAUGCUGACAAAGGGAUGAUUAAUGCUAAUUAUGCCUACUUGGGAAAGGAACCACCCUUCAAGGUUGGUAGGUGGAGGGGUAGAAGAGGUGCAAAUGCUGGUAGAUCUAGAUCUAGAUCUACAAGAGGCAGAAGUGCAGGUGCAAGUUAGAUGGAAUUGGAUACAGUUUUAGAUGUGAUCCGAGAUGUUGAUGAUGGUGACUGAUAUGUACAUAAGUCUUUUGACUUA